ACAAAAUUUGAAGUAUGUUCUUCCACUCAGAUGGCUUCGAGUAUCGCGCAUGCGUGUAUCGUUGUCGGCACGCGUUCUUUCCACGAGUUGGUCAGUGCGCGUCGAACCAGUAAGGAGGAGGUAUUAUAUCUGUUAUCGUCCCUCUUUCACGGAUAUUUACGGCGUUCCUUUCAAAUUUUGUUUCCUCGAUUAUCGAAACCAUCGUGGCGCUACCCAUUUCGAAUUGUCAAACGUGCUUGCCAAGCCGAGUCACGAUUACGAAGUCACUUUCCCGCGAAUGUACAGGCGUAAGUGUCGUAUCCCGCGUAUUUGUCGCGUCAGUUCGUGAGUGUAUCGCGAGUGUCCGCCACGGGAAUAAUUAUGAGUGGUAUGCUGUCGAUGUUAUGUGUUAUCCUGAUCCUUAGCGUCACGACGACGACGGUACGCGCCGGAUUGAAAUGUGACGCUGUUAAACCUUACUUCGAAUCCCAAGGCUUUCCGGCCACUGACAUUCCCAAGGAGGCGAUUUCAUCAAAGGAGCUGAAAGUAUGCGGCAGCGUGAGAAGCGGCGGCGAGGUGUGCUGCUCCGCGGACAUGGAGGUGAGACUGCAGGCGAGGGCACGCGACAAACACGAGAAAGCCACCAAAGAAACUCUUCAGCGGUUGCACCAGGUCCUGUCUACGAGAGGGACCAGGUUCCACAGUUUCUUCAAGGAUCUUCUCGCUAAUAGUAAAAAGGUUUUCCACGAGAUGUUUAAGAAGACUUAUGGAAUUCUCUAUGAGCAGAAUUCCUUUGUAUUCACCGACUUGUUCAAGGAACUGGAGAACUAUUAUGCCAAGGGAACGGUCGAUCUCGACGAUACGAUGGACAAUUUUUUCAAUACUCUUUAUCAGAAAAUGUUCACGGUGCUGAACAGUCAGUACAACUUUGACAAUAAAUACUUGGAGUGUGUGGGAGAACAUAUGAAGGAAAUCAGACCGUUCGGCGAUGUCCCUCAGAAAUUAGGAGUGCAAAUCAAAAGGUCUUUCGUCGCGACAAGAGCCUUUAGUCAGGCUUUAACGGUGGCUGCGGAUGUCUUGAAGAGCAUGCAGUCGCUGAAACCAUCAGCCGAUUGUGCAGCUGCACUCACAAGAAUGACGGUGUGUCCGUCGUGCAGCGGGAUCACGGGCAACGUGUUAGCCUGUGGUGACAUGUGUGCCAACGUGAUGAAGGGCUGCCUUGCUCAGCAUGCGGCUCUGGACGCUGAAUGGAAUCACUUCGUCGAGGCCGUGGACAAGGUGGCUGACCGUCUGUUGGGUCCAUUUAACAUCGAAAUGUUAGUACGACCAAUCAACCUGAAAAUCUCGGAGGCGAUCAUGAAUUUCCAAGAGAACAGCAACGACGUUUCGCAAAGGGUGUUCACUGGAUGCGGACGACCUGUGUUGGGUAGACGCAGACGUCGAGAUAAUCGGGAGUUGGAACUCGAAUCAUUGAACUUUGAUCAAGAAACACUAACAGACGAUCGUGCUGCUAUUUUGGAUAAAUUGGUGAAAGAGACACGACAGAGAGUGAGAGAUUCCAGACAAUUCUGGGUUUACCUGCCCUAUAAGGUUUGCAACGAUGGCCUCGUGGUUCCUCCUAGCAAUACGAAGGAAUGUUGGAACGGCACACACGUAGACAAAUACAUUUACCCAGUAUCGUCGAACGGAGAGGAACAAAAAUUGAAUCCAGAGGUACGAGUUACUGGAACAAGACCGACAAUAGUCAGGGACCAAGUCUUCGCAUUGACCACUAUCACAAACAGACUAAAAUCCGCGUACAAUGGACAGGACGUCGAUUGGAUAGACACAGAAGACACCGAGUGGAACGGUUCUGGAAGUGGUUCCGGGGACAGCCCGGACCAAGAUCCGAUCACGGACGACGAGGAUGGUUUCAAGGAAGGCUCUGGCUACGAACCGAAAUCUUCACCGCCCGAAACACCGAAACAAUCUCCUCCUGUCGAUCAUCCGGAAGUCGUACCUCCCAGGAAAGACAUAGAGCAGAAGACAAAUCUCAACAACAACAAUGGCACGUCCAGCGUGGACAAUGGCGCGAGCAGACAGAAAGUAUCUUUGUCUCGUGCUUUGACAACGUAUCUCGUGCCCAUAGUGGUGAUGUGGUUCGGUGGCUGCCUCACCGAGUGGCUGUGAUCAUGUGGUUUCGGAGGAGAACGAUGCAGGACGAUGUAAAUAAAUAUUCCGUUUAACGUUACGUGGCUCCACCUCGACCGGAACAGUGUUGUAACACGCCGGCUAAUCGAGAAAAAGAGGAGAGAGGACGAUGAUGAUUCGCUUUCUGAUUACGCGUACUUUUCCAUCCAUUAGGAAAAGCGUUUUUUUUUACUUUCUCGAUGGGGGGUACAGGGUUUUACCCUGUUUUAUUAGGGUAUCGUACCCAAAUGACCAUUAGCGAGAUAAACAACUUAAUCCUUGCUGACGCCGCAAUUCGAGAGAAAGACUGGGAUCGUUGAUGGAAAAUUAUACUUGCAACUGACCUUCGGGCCUUUGUACGACUGACGAGCGUGCCUUUAGGAUGAGUGGCAUGGUCGACCCUAGAAGGAUUACGAUUAGGGAUUUAUUUUCCAGUUCCUACGUUCUCUUGCGCCGUUGCAGAAUGUUUCGAACUAAUUGGUUUAUGCUACUUGGAUCCCACGGUGAUUAAUAAACGAUGAGUAGGCUUCUCGGUACGUUUGGUAUAGUAUGAUCGAGAGUAGGAUUAAAUAUAAAUUUGUAAUUGAAAUAUCCCGGAUUUUUACCUAGCCAUGAAUAUAAAUUUUAAUUAAAUUGAAAUUGCCAAUGAGAUUAUGAUUUGCGAUUAACAAAUUGCAAAAUAUCAAAUUUUCAGAAUGGUUAUAUAGUGCAUAGUAAUAAAUACAUACAUACAUAGUAAUAAAUUUAACUAUGCCAAAUAAAACCGGACUUCAAUUACUCUAUUCUCGGAAUCGAUCGUAAACUUUUGAGAUGUAGUGGCGUAGGAAGAAUAGGAAUUACAUCGAGGACCUAAAUGGCCUUGAACUUAUAGGAAAGACACAUGGAAGCGAGUAUACGAGAAGCGCAAGGACUGACUAUCGAGCGUCGUAUUUCCUUUUCCAGCUGCCCUUCCCUGAAAACGUUUGAAAGAUUUAUGGCUCGAAGGCGAGAGACGUUCGAUCGCGUCAAGUUCGAAAGAAUCGCUCAGAAUGUUAGAUUUUGGCGACACACACGAAACAUUGAUGUUUGUAUUUAACAGAAUAAAAUGAUGGAGAAAAAAUAAUAAGAAGGACGAUUAGACUAUUUCGGUUUUCACGAGGAGAUAAUAUCGAUUAUUUUUUAACUCGAGAACCGUCUCUUGUUGAUCAAUGUUGUUUGAAGAGUUGUGAAUAGAGAAGAAAGUUUGUGGUAAAUGAAAAAUUAUGAAGGUAGGACGAUGGCUGACGUAUGAUAAACGAUUCAUAUACUUUCAUUAUCUUUUACUGAUUAUCGUUAAAUAACGCAAAAUGCUCGACGAACUCGAGGGCCGAUUUUUUAAUUGUACAGAUCGGUAAAAGAAAUUUAUUUGACGAUAUUCUUUUGUCUACGGUUUUAAGCUUUCCUACGACAAUUUUUUUCUUUUUUUUUUUUCUUUUAUUUAUUUAAGAUAAUAUUUUAUCAUCCGCCAUUCGAAUGAAAUCGUCCUAGCAAUUGAAACUCGACGAAACGAGUCAAAGCGUAGAACGAGCGGUCGAGAAUAGGCUCCUGUGAUAAAAUUAAACAAAAAAAGAGAAAAAAUAAAAAUGUAAUAAAAAGGUAAAAAAUGUAAACGAGUGAUGUUGGCCGCUAUCACACGCUGGCAUCGUCGAGCCUAAAACAAGAGGGCGAAAGGACAUAUUCUAUACAAAUCUAGUGAAAAUAUUCAAAUAAAUAUUAUGAAUAAUUAUUUGUAAUUAUAUUAUUAUAUAUAUAUUAUUAUAAUUAUUAUAAUUAUUGCAAAGUGAAGUUAAUAUAAAAAUUAUACGUUGCGUUCGGGACAAGUGGUAAGUUUAGAAAUGGAAAUUACACGGUUCUUUCCUUCUUUCCUGCUCGUCUGAGAAAAUACGUGGCUUCGCGAGACAAAGAAAGAAAGAGGAAUCUUGUGCGUGUACAGUGACUCAUAUCGAUAUUGGAACACUAUAGUAUUCUAUCCAUUACUACUCUGUACAUUUGACCAUAAUUAAACUAACGUAUAUUUUGUUCUUUAUUAUAAUAAAGCAUAUAUUCUUUUUGUCGACAACGCAAAUUUUAUUUAUUUAAACUAAAUAAUUUGUGACAUAACAAAUAAUAUAUCAGGAAAUAUAUUAUUUAUACGUCGCAUUUUCUACAAUGAUUUUACAUAAAAAAUACCAUUGUAUAUAUCAUAUACAUUUUUUUAAAUAUCAAUUUCCUGGAUACCCGUUUUGUUUUAUUAUAUGUUGUAAUCGAUUUGGCAUGUUUGUCAUAAUUUUUUGUGAAUAAUUUUGCGUGAUACUCGUUUUCGAUUGGAAUUAAAUCCGAUGAUUACGAUGGUGAUGUAACGCGCGAGGGCAACUAUGUAACUGAUAUUCCUGAACUAUACCAUGAUAAAAUUUUAAUGUGUUUUCAAUGUUACAUUUUAUUUUAGAUUUCGUUUGAAAAUGUCUACAUUUUUAUCUACAUUUUAAUCUCGUUCAUCAAGUAUCUUUGGCCAUCUCUUUUGACGAAGUCACUCUAUCUUACGAUCCUCGCGAUUUUCACAGUCUGUAAAUUUAAAAAACUGCCGAUCUCUCUCUUUCCUUUUUCACGGUUCAGAAUGACUAAUCGUAGCGCGUCAAAGAAAGUAUCUUCGCUUUUCCGUUUCAUAUUCAAAAUUUCUGACUGCUGACAAUGAUUUUCAAGUAAUAACUGAUAUUUCGAAGUACGCUCUACAUCUUGCUCUGUCAAGUAUAUCAAAGCUGUAGAAAUGUAAGCAAUAAAUAUGGAUGAAUAUUAAGUGUCCGAAGAUUUUUCCGACGUACGAAUACUACAUUUCCGAAUAUAUUAUUCGUUAUGCCACAAAUUAUUUAGGAAGAAUACACGUUUCAUUAUCAGAGAAAACAAAAGAUACGUUAAUUUAAUUAUGAUCAAAUGUACAGAAUAAUAACGGAUAGAAUACUGUAGUUUCCGAAUAUUAACGAAAAUCACUGUAUAUAGAAUCGCGUAGAAUUCUUGUUGGAUAAAAGAAAGAACGUUUAACAAGUUGAACACCACAAUUUCAACAGUGUGAAUUUCGAAUUUAUCUUGACGUAAAGAUAGUAAAUUUUCAGCUGUAAGUUAUAAUAAAAAUAUUUUUUGCAUUUAAAGCAGGAAAAUAGGAUCACAGUAAUUAUACGAAAAUCCUAUAGAAAUAAGAAAGAAAAGAAUCUCAAAGUAGGUUAAUUUUCAUUAAAAAUCGAAUAGAUUUCAGUUAUAAAUGUUACAUUUCUGUUGAAAGAGAAUCUUUUCGGCAGAUAUUCGUUCGAUGAUCCCCUUAAAAGUUGCGUUGAAAUUUUCUUAAGAAUUAUUUCCAAAAUUCGAACGCGUACAAGACUAAACAUUCGUUGUAGUGUUCAGUUUGUUAAAAAGAGAAGAUUUAAGGAUACGAAGACAGGGAACAGGGUUUUUCUACCGUGGAAGAAUUAUGGACCACUGAAACAACUUUCCUGAAACUAUGGGAGUUCCUUACGUUCGAUAAAUAGGAGCAACCCUUGUGUUUUAACAGCUUUGUCGGAUCGACGUGAUUGCUAAAUAGUAUCUUAUAGCAUCGAGCAUGAUUCGUCUUUAACUCCCCUGAUACUAAAAUUUUAAUUACGAUAGUUUAUGAAACUAUUAAUUAAAUUAUUCAGAAUUCCAAACCUAAAUUAUCCAUGUCUUCAGAAUUAAAUAAAUAAAAAAAAAAAUUACAAAUUAUAGGACUUUAAACUACUUUCGGAUGAAAUAGAAAUACAUAAUUCAUAAUUACUUACACGUUACGUUUAUGUUAAAAUCACUGUAAAAAAACGAAAAUUAAAAGAUUUUAAAAUUGUGUAGGAGUAAAGUUCGACUAAAAAGAAGAUUAUAUUUGCCGACAGAUUCAUUUCGUAUCAAGGGAGUUAAAUCAACUAACGUUCGAAUAAAAUACAUUUACGUUUUUUUUUACUAUUAUUCCUAGUACCGUAUUUACGUUGUUCGCCAUUGUAAAGAGUAACGAGCAGCCUAGAUUUCCGCGACGAUCGUACUCGUCGAACCUCGAUGCAAAAUCGUUUUAAGAUUACGUGAUAUUUCUUUCUCUUUUCUGUUUUAGACUAGCCCACUGUAACCAGUUAAUCAUAUCUAAUAAUCUACCAAUUUACACUAAGAAUUUAUACAUGCGACUGUAAAAAUGAAAGUGCAGAUGGGAAUGCACUUGACCGAGCCGUUUAUUACAUUCAACGUGAAUUUUCAAUUCGAUCAUGAAUCUCUUAAAUGAUGUUCAAUCCGUACGAUGUAUUGGAAAACAAAAAAAGAAGAGAAAGAAGAACUUUCCGAGUAGCAGAUGUAAUUUCACGUCUAUUGCAUAAAAAUAUUACAAUGAUCCAACGGAGGAUAGUUUGCAACAGAAAAUCAAUCACAAAUUAAAUUUAAACGUUGUAUGUUCCAUUCUUACCGAUCAUUGUUCUGUUAUUAAUGAGUGCAGUGGUUUCCUGAAAAUCGCGUAAAAGAAUUGCAAGAGAAAAUGGAUUGUGAUUCGCUAUAAAAAUUCUGUGUGAAAUUCCACUUGCGGGAACUUUGACGAAUAAAAGGAAUUUACGUGGACAGAGAAAAUGGAACAGCGAGUAUGAAAUUCUCAAUGAUUGUGCGUGCAAUUGUAAAUUUCCCCUUUCCGACAAUUAGAAUAUAAAAUUUGUAUUUGAAACCCUUUGUACUCGAUUCUUUAUAUUUUCAGUUUACGGAUUUGUUAUUUCAUUUUUUUUUAGAAAUAUACAACUUCAACAUACAAUUUUCUAUUUUCUACGUCUCUGGCUACCAAGAAUUAGAUCAUUAAUAUUGGUCAACAAAUAAACUUUUAUUUUUAACAAAGAGAUACGGUGCAAGGAUACAAUUCCUUACACGUAAAUUUGAAUUUUGAUUAUUCUUAUUCAUGCGCAAAAAUGUAAGAUUGAGGAAGUCGAUUCCAGAUAUUUCGAGAACAAAGGGUUGAGCAGAAUCAUUAAUUUUUACGAACAAAACAUUCUUUCGAUCGUAUUAACGCAUUAUGCACAUAAAUCCAACAACAACCAAUCAACGAUUAAUACAAUCUUCAAAAGACCAGCGACCAAAUUGCCAUCCUAAAGUCCAAAGAAGUCAAAAAAAUUAGAAAGAUUAAAGUGGUGAAUUUCCUUAUUGAAACAAUUGUAUAUUCUAUACAAAAACAGCGAUACUGCCUGCUACAUAUUGUGAUAGGCAUUCGCUAACGAUCCAGAUCAUCAAAACUGUCCACAUCGUAGACAUAAAUCGAAUUAUCGUGAAUUUUCUACCACGUGCAGAUUCGUAAACCAUAUCUCGUUCAAUUUCUCCUCAAAUUCAAUCUUUAAUUUUUUUUUUUUAAGUACAAAACUAGCAAAAAUAAAUCAGUUAUCGUCGCGAUAAUUAGCAGCAGGACUUGAAAAAUGCAAAAAAAAAAGAGUCAGGAAAAAGAGCAACACGUUAGAGUAACACAGUACUCGUAACUAAGAGAAUAAAGAUGUUCCUCCAUUUCCGUGGGGCGAAGAACGGCGUUACGUCGCCGUCGCGUCGAGCUUUCGUUGGCAGCUUGUACGUUGUCUUAAAUGGAAGCUAACAUCUCUGUCUCAAGCCCUUUCUAGUGAAUGGCACCGUACUGGACCGUUUUAUUAAGUUUUAAUUUUACCAUAUAUUAAUUUACCAUAUAUAUAAUAUCUCUUUUUUUCUCUUUUUUUUCUAAAUAUAUUUCACUGAUAAAAAUAUGUAACCUAUCCCACAAUUGUAAAAUUUUCUGUAAAAGAAUUUCUAUUUUAUAUGUAUAAGGAUAAGGGUGGUAUAAAAAGAAAUACGAAAAUGUUUUAUUAAUACAUUUUAUUAGUAGUAAAACGAAUAAAAUUGUGGAAAUCCUCAAGGCGGCGAGAUUCGAAAACGAAGAAAAGAAUGGAUGUGUAAUAGCGCGAAUGUGGCUGAUAUACCACUAUUUCGGAAAAGUGAGACUCAUGAGUUAUGUUUUCGCCACGUCAUUGCUGUUUACUCUCUCAUACAGAUACACAUACAACCAUACACCAUGUUCACACCAUGCGGCAUUUCGUCUCAAGAAAAUCUCGCCGUUACAUUCUUACAGUGUGCUAGCAUCUAAUUACGAAGAAUUUUAUUUAAUGACAGCGAUCGUAUGGAAUAAAAGUGGAAUAUUUAAAAAUGCAGUAAAUUACUUUCGUCCUUUCAUCAAUUUAUUCGCCAUCAUAUAUUAUAUACAUGAACAAAAAUUCUAACAAUAUCACAUUCCGAUGUUGGAUUGCAGAUAGCUGUGUAUUGCACGUCAAGAGAAAUAUAUAAAUGAAAAAGUUUACACAUUAUGUUAUGAGAUACAAAACAUACAAAAACAUACAAAAUAGUUCAGCAUAUAUCACAAGUCGUUAUUCAAUGAUAUUGUGUUUUAACUAUUUUGUUCGUUAAUUGUAUCUUAUAAAAUGACACAAAAGUUCAUCAAGAUCUUAUUGGGACUAACUAUUUACAUGAGGAAUCGCGAAUCACGCUGACAAAUCGCUUGAGUAUUAUCAAACAACUUGUUUCUUAAUCUGCGUUGAAUUUUCCAGGAGGGUAUAAUGGGUGCUGGGACGCACUUGAUCUCCUCGAUUUCAUCCGGAAAAUUUUCUUCGAAGUUAACGCUUUUGUGUGGACUUGACCAUUUCCUUUUACAUCUUUGUCGUGGACAUUUCAUAGAGUUAUCCGUAAUUUGCUCGUUUUUCAUCGGAGAAUUUCCCGAGGUAGCAGUUUCGGGUAAUACAUUUUCUAUUUUUUGGACGUAUUCUGUCGAAGAAUCUGUGGACUCUGCUGUACUCGAUGUUUCACCGUUCUUCUCCGAUGGACUUGUCGAUCUAGACGACUUACUGUCCUCAUCUCCCUCGCUAUUCUGGAGAGCGAGUUUCGCGGCAGCAGUCGCGCUGCGCGUCAUAAUUCUGGUACUUGAAAGAUUUGACGAAAGUUCGUUCUUCGACAGAUUACUAACACGUUCGUUAUUCCAACGUUUCUCCUGUUCUUCCUUCAUCUUAAGUUUUUCGGCUUUAAUUUCCAUACGGGACUUUCUCCAAUCAGCUGCCAUACUACUUCGUUUCCAUACGUAGUAAAAGUCCGCGAAUUCUUCCUGCGAACACAAAGUUGGAGAUGUUUUCGUUUAUUUUUUGAAAUUAACUCUCGGAGACGAAAUGAAAUGGAUUUUACAGAAAUGGUAUGUUCUUAACAAGAUCGCUCGAUGUGUACAGUACGGAAAUAGGAAAAAUACAAUACGGAAAGCAAUCGUAGUAGGAAAAUAAACUUACCACUCGUUUAUGCGGAAGCAACUUCCUUCUAAUGAUUGAAAAUCUUUUUCCAUAUUUCAUGAUUCCUCUCGUGAAGAGUUUCUGUAACAUCAUAACGCAUCAACAAAAGGAUUAGUAUGUUUAAUUCUUCCUCAAAAGAAACUACGACGGCGCAAAAAAGUUUUUUAUCUUCCAAGAGCGAAUUUAUUCUAAAAGAAUUUGCACUAUUAAAUAUAAGCACAAGUAUAGUAACAAAUAAAAGAAGGCAGCGCUACCAGUUAUACGAUAUCAAUUAAAAUUCUUUAAAGAAUCUACUUUAAAAUAUAAAACGUUGUACGCUAGUGUAAAAAUUGGAAAUUUUUAUUGUAUUGUCAUAAUCAAUUAUUCGAUACUCGAUAUAAAAUCAACUGUAUGAUACUUACCAUCUCCUCUGGCUUCCAUUUGUCAAUAAAUUUCUGCGGUACAUUUGACGUAGCUAUCGUCAUCAGCGCAUUGUGCGCUGAGUAGUUGGACUUGUGAAGAACAUGCGAGACGUGUUGUUCCGCAAAACCACCACGCGAAUUUUCCAAUGCAUCUGCAUUUGGAAUGCCCUCAAAUUGCUGCCUGAGUCUUAAAACAGUUCGGGCUACCAGACUAUAGCCGUAGUACCAUUCCUCCACAUUUACUUUUGGAUCCCAAAUCUUCUCCUCCCGAGAAGAAGUAUAUUCUUUAUCUGCGUAUGAUCGAUCCUGACAUUCGGGGAUGACAGCAUAUUCCUGCAAUUUUAACAAUUACAUUUUUAAUUCAUGUCAAUGUAUUCCAAAAUAUCUAUUUUGUGAAGGAAAAGUAACGAAGAAUUAAUGUUAAUGGUCGAAUGAAUUUCACAUUAAUCAAAAUCGUUAAGAGAAAAAGGGGUACAUACCAUCCUCCGUUCUGUCGUCUUCUUCUUCUGCUUGGAGCACACUUUCCUCUUCCUACGUCUAGCAGAUUUUCUCGCCAUUUUGCUAUCGAAUCUUCGCGUUACGAUUUUAUGACUGUCCGCUGAGAGCAACGUUAUUGCUAUAAGAGUAAGUGCAAGACUAAUUCUUAGUACAUUAUGCCGGUACAUAUACCUGGGACUAUUACCCCUUGCGAAGAGGGAUAUCUACUAGUCUCCCCACUCCUACCUGUUUGGAUACUUUCGGCUGGUUGGGACUGGACAAUAAAGUUCUCUUGAGAAAUUUCUUCUAUUCCUAGAAUUGCUUCACAUUUUGACCAAUCAAAGACAUGAAAUAUCGAAUCGCACCGCCUCUUCACCAACGAUGCAUCUUUGAACGUGCAUAUUAUUCGUGAUACGAAAUUUCCCAAUUCGCACAAGUAAUUGAGCAUACCAGAGAGAAAUCAGUUACGACGAAUUAUAAGGUAUAUCAAUACUAAUAUCAAUAUGGUAAUAUUGAUAUUAUUUGAAAAUAUAGUAUAAUCAUAAAAUGAAGAAGGAUUGAUGAAUAAAUGGAAAUUAUUUAUAAUAAUAUUACUUAUGAUUUAUUGAGAAAUUUGUAUAACAUUGAGAGCUUCCGACAGACGAACAAACAGACACAUACUCUUCUUAACGAAAAGUUAUCGGGAUGAUGGAAUUCGCGACUAUAUAUUUCGGAAUGAAGGCAUAAAUCGAAACACUGUUUAUGGUAGUGAUGAAUUAUUCAAAAUUGUAACUUGAUAGCAUAUGCACGAUUUGACGGGAUUCGUUGGGCUAUCCACGAGCCUCAAAUGAAGACUGGAGGGAACGGCAGAAAACUCCGACUUGACACCGUGUCAAUUCACCGAGAUAAGAUAAGGUCGGAGAAAAUAUUCACAACGACGGGGUAAUUUCUGAAAUUUGUUCGUGCAACCCAUUAUCCCUCUAUUAUAGUUAUUAUCUUUAUUUUAUUCGAGACUGGAUUAAGCAAAUUAUAUUCAUGUAUCGAGCAACUAUUCGGUGGUAAUUUUGAAGACUUCGUAAUUGCAUUCGUGAAUAUUUAAUACAUUAAUAUUUGAUAAUUAAAAAGAAUAAAAGAAUUUCGUAUUCGUAACGACUCGUACAAAUUCCUAUUCUUCAUCUUGUUCCACAGAAUAUUUAUAUUUCUUUCAUACGCACUUGGUUAUUGGUAUAUUUCUGAUACAGAUAUCAAUACACUAAGAGUACGAUCAAACGCUAGUUUUAAGAUUAGAUCUCGAAGAAAGUGCCAACGACAAUGAAGCAAGUUUUAGUACCUUGUACCAUUGUGACUUAUAUCUUUCUUCUUGUUUAUCCCUCUGAUAAAUCAAAAAAUUUUGUGUAUCAUCGUAUUUGUAUGGUAUAUUCUAAUCCCAUUCGUUACGAAGUAAUCACACAUGGUACGAACUAUAGUUGUCGACAAAAAUAAUAUUUUAGAUAAUUCCAUAUUUAGAGAAUGGCACAAACAUUUCAUUGCCGUGUAUGGUAUUAGGCGGGAAAGAAUUGAUCUACAUGUAGAGAAAAAAUUUGUACAUCGUUUGUACAAUGGUAUGACUCAAUCUUGUCUGCGCUACGUGAAUUUCGCCCUUUGACUAGACGCCUCCACAGCGACCGGCAUCGGGUGAGAAUGUGGACACGCUGGUUUGGUGCAGAAUGGAUCCGUAAUGGAGGAAUGGAAUGGUCUGUAAGCACACUGGUUUUGUAACUUAUACGCAGAAAAUGUACCAUCAUGCAGGAUAAGAUGAGAAGCAGUUAAAAAACACUUGACUGACGUGGAUGAUAACGAAUGGAAAGAAUUAAAUAAAAUAGUAACCUGCACAUAAUGAGGGGAUGAAGAUAAGCGCACUUAUUUCCUAAUGUACAAUUCGGACAGUAUCUAUAUUUUUCGUGUUUUCGUAGAAAUUCGUAAGAAAGGAUCGCGCAAUUGAAUCACAGGCGAGUACAAAGUCCAAGGCGAGUACACGAAUCGCAUGGGACUGCAGCUUCUCAUAUACGUCUCUGUCUUUCCAUCAUCUUGAUGAAAUAUGAGCAACUCCUAGUGCAACAGUGUAAGCCAAUGAAUUUUGAGAACUUGUUGUGUAUGUAUUUAGAGUGAUGAAAGAAAGAAACAAGAAUUAAAUAUUGAACGAACGGAAGAAUGCCGGUUUGGUAUCUGCAAUUUUUGUUAUAUAGUUCUUUCGUGAAGAUACUAAGCUGCGAAUGAAUGAAUUGAAAAUGGUACGAAUUGUGGCAGAAGUAUCCAUUGCAAAACGAGGAGGAUUUCAAAGUGCCCCAGUUCGAUGGAAAGCAAGAUUUAUCUACAUAUAAGUAAAAAUUAGUGAAAUUCUCAACGAAUGCGAAUACGUUGUGCAUGCAAUUGUAAAUUUCCUCUUUCCGACAAUUAGAAUAUAAAACUUGUAUUUGAAACCCUUUCCACUCGGUUCUUUAUAUUUUCAGUUUACGGAUUUGUUAUUUGUUUUUUUUUUUUAGAAAUAUAGAACUUCAACGUACAAUUUUCUAUUUUCCACAUCUUUACCUACCAAGAAUUAUAUCAUUAAUAUUGGUAAAUAAAUAAUCAUUUAUUUUUGUCAAAGAGAUACUGUGCAAACAUGCAAUUCUUUACGCGUAAAUUUGAAUUUUGAUUAUUCUUAUUCGUGCGCAAAAAUGUAAGAUUGAGGGAGUCGAUUGCAGAUAUUUCGAGAACAAAGGUUGAACAGAAUCAUUAAUUUUUACGAACAAAACGUUUUUUCGAUUAUAUUAACGUAUUAUACACAUAAAUCUACAAAUGCCAACAACAAUCAAUCGACCAAAUUACUAUUCUAAAGACCAAAGAUGUCAAAAAAUUAGAAAGAUUAAAGUGAUGAAUUUCCUUAUUGAAACAAUCAUAUAUUCUAUACAGAAACAACGAUACUGCCUGCUACAUAUUGUGAUAGGCAUUCUCGAACGAUCUAGAUCGUCGAAACUGUCCACAUCGUAGACAUAAAUCGAAUUAUCGUGAAUUUUCUACCACGUGCAGAUUCGUAAACCAUAUCUCGUUCAAUUUCUCCUCAAAUUCAAUCUUUAAUUUUUUUUUUUAAGUACAAAGCUUUCAAAAAUAAAUUGGUUAUCGUCGUGAUAGUUAGCAGCAGGAUUUGAAAAAUGCAAAAAAAAGAAGGGUCAGGGAAAAGAGCAACACGUUAGAGUAAUAGAGUACUCGUAACUAAGCGAAUAGAGAUGGUCCUCCAUUUCCGUAGGACGAAGAACGGCGUUGCGUUGCCGUCGCGUCGAGCUUUCGUUGGCAGCUUGUACGUUGUCUUAACCCCUUGGUCUACACGCUAUCUGCCGAUCGCGCGAGCUAUAGUAAGCAAGAUAUUCGGUCGCGCACCUUGCCAUUCAUCUCUUCAGCCGUGUGCCCGAACUGGCGGAAAAUGUAUAUUUCUUAUGACACGUAUAUAGGAGUUGCAAAAGGAAUUGUGAAAUAAUAAACAACGUUUGAGGACAAAUAAUGUUUUUAAGACGUCCAGGGCGUAAUUAUGAUCAAUUGAUCAGUUAACAAAAAUAAUUUAUUAUUUCAGAGUGGAUAAUAAAUCACUAGCAAUUUGAAAAAUUACCAUGAGUCAGACUCCUGGGUUCCGUUUACGCCACUGAUUCUUUACGACGAUCCUGACCGGUGGUUUUCGUUUAUGGCAUAAAUCCCUUAGCACUAGUCUCGCACGUGAUUAUAGGCCAGGAGAUUAAGUGGUAGCUAACAUCUUUGUCUCGAGCCUUUUCUACUGAAUGGCACGCUACUGGACCGUUUUAUUAAGUUUUAAUUUUACCGCAUAUUCGUGUUUAGUAUCUCUUUUUUUUCUUUCUUUUUCUAAAUAUAUUUCACUGAUUAAAAUAUAUAACUUAUCCCACAAUUCUAAAAUUUUCUGUAAAAGAAUUUUUAUUUUACAUGUAUAAGGAUAAGGGUGGUAAAAAAGAAAUACGAAAAUGUUUUAUUAAUACGUUUUAUUAGUAGUAAGAUGGAUAAAAUUGUGGAAAUACCCAAGGGGGCGAGUUUCGGAAACGAAAAAAAGAAUGGAUGUGUAAUAGCGCGAAUGUGGCUGGUACACGACUAUUUCGGAAAAGUGAGAUACAUGAGUUAUGUUUUCGCCACGUCAUUGCUGUUUACUCUCUCAUACAGAUACACAUACAACCAUACACCAUGUUCACACCAUGCGGCAUUUCGUCUCAAGAAAAUCUCGCCGUUACAUUCUUACGGUGUGCUAGCAUCUAAUUACGAAGAAUUUUAUUUAAUGACAGCGAUCGUAUGGAAUAAAAGUGGAAUAUUUAAAAAUGCAGUAAAUUGCUUUCGUCCUUUCAUCAAUUUAUUCACCAUCAUAUAUUAUAUACAUGAACAAAAAUUCUAACAAUAUCACAUUCCGAUGUUGGAUUGCAGAUAGCUGUGUAUUGCACGUCAAGGGAAAUAUAUAAAUGAAAAAGUUUACACAUUAUGUUAUGAGAUACAAAACAUACAAAAACAUACAAAAUAGUUCAGCAUACAUCACAAGUCGUUAUUCAAUGAUAUUGUGUUUUAACUAUUUUGCACGUUAAUUGUGUCUUAUAAAAUGACACAAAAGUUCAUCAAGAUCUAAUUGGGACUAUUUACAUUAGGAGUCGCAAAUCACGCUGAUAAAUCGCUCGAGUAUUAUUAAACAACGUGUUUUUGGAUCUUCGUUGUCUUUUCCAUUGCGGUAUAAUGGGUGCUGGGACGCACUUGAUCUCCUCGAUUUCAUUCGGAAAAUUUUCUUCGAAGUUAACGGUUUUGUGUGGACUUGACCAUUUCCUUUUACAUCUUUGUCGUGGAUAUUUCAUAGAGUUAUCCGUAAUUUGCUCGUUUUUCAUCGGAGAAUUUUCCGAGGUAGCAGUUUCGGGUAAUACAUUUUCUAUUUUUUGGACGUAUUCUGUCGAAGAAUCUGUGGACUCUGCUGUACUCGAUGUUUCACCGUUCUUCUCCGAUGGACUUGUCGAUCUAGACGACUUACUGUCCUCAUCUCCCUCGCUAUUCUGGAGAGCGAGUUUCGCGGCAGCAGUCGCGCUGCGCGUCAUAAUUCUGGUACUUGAAAGAUUUGACGAAAGUUCGUUCUUCGACAGAUUACUAACACGUUCGUUAUUCCAACGUUUCUCCUGUUCUUCCUUCAUCUUAAGUUUUUCGGCUUUAAUUUCCAUACGGGACUUUCUCCAAUCAGCUGCCAUACUACUUCGUUUCCAUACGUAGUAAAAGUCCGCGAAUUCUUCCUGCGAACACAAAGUUGGAGAUGUUUUCGUUUAUUUUUUGAAAUUAACUCUCGGAGACGAAAUGAAAUGGAUUUUACAGAAAUGGUAUGUUCUUAGCAAGAUCGCUCGAUGUGUACAGUACGAAAAUAGGAAAAAUACAAUACGGAAAGCAAUCGUAGUAGGAAAAUAAACUUACCACUCGUUUAUGCGGAAGCAACUUCCUUCUAAUGAUUGAAAAUCUUUUUCCAUAUUUCAUGAUUCCUCUCGUGAAGAGUUUCUGUAACAUCAUAACGCAUCAACAAAAGGAUUAGUAUGUUUAAUUCUUCCUCAAAAGAAACUACGACGGCGCAAAAAGUUUUUUAUCUUCCAAGAGCGUAUUUAUUCUAAAAGAAUUUGCACUAUUAAAUAUAAGCACAAGUAUAGUAACAAAUAAAAGAAGGCAACGCUACCAGUUAUACGAUAUCAAUUAAAAUUCUUUAAAGAAUCUACUUUAAAAUAUAAAACGUUGUACGCUAGUGUAAAAAUUGGAAAUUUUUAUUGUAUUGUCAUAAUCAAUUAUUCGAUACUCGAUAUAAAAUCAACUGUAUGAUACUUACCAUCUCCUCUGGCUUCCAUUUGUCAAUAAAUUUCUGCGGUACAUUUGUCGUAGCUAUCGUCAUCAGCGCAUUGUGCACUACAUAGUUGGACUCGUGAAGAACAUGCGAGACGUGUUGUUCCGCAAAACCACCACACGAAUUUUCCAAUGCAUCUGCAUUUGGAAUGCCCUCAAAUUGCUGCCUGAGUGUUAAAACACUUCGGGCUACCAGACUAUAGCCGUAGUACCAUUCCUCCACAUUUACUUUUGGAUCCCAAAUCUUCUCCUCCCGAGAAGAAGUAUAUUCUUUAUCUGCGUAUGAUCGAUCCUGACAUUCGGGGAUGACAGCAUAUUCCUGAAAUUUUAACAAUUACAUUUUUAAUUCAUGUCAAUGUAUUCCAAAAUAUCUAUUUUGUGAAGGAAAAGUAACGAAGAAUUAAUGUUAAUGGUCGAAUGAAUUUCACAUUAAUCAAAAUCGUUAAGAGAAAAAGGGGUACAUACCAUCCUCCGUUCUGUCGUCUUCUUCUUCUGCUUGGAGCACACUUUCCUCUUCCUACGUCCAGCAGAUUUUCUCGCCAUUUUGCUAUCGAAUCUUCGCGUUACGAUUUUAUGUCUGUCCGCUGAGAGCAACGUUAUUGCUAUAAGAGUAAGUGCAAGACUAAUUCUUAGUCAGCAUUCUUAUGCCGGUACAUGUACCUGGGACUAUUACCCCUUGGGAAGAGGGAUAUCUACUAGUCUCCCCACUCCUACCUGUUUGGAUACUUUCGGCUGCUUGGGACUGGACAAUAAAGUUUUCUUGAGAUAUUUCUUCUAUUCCUAGAAUUGCUUCACAUUUUGACCAAUCAAAGACAUGAAAUAUCGAAUCGCACCGUCUCUUCACCUACGAUGCAUCUUUGAACGUGCAUGUUAUUCGUGAUACGAAAUUUCCCAAUUCGCACAAGUAAUUGAGCAUACCAGAGAGAAAUCAGUUACGACGAAUUAUAAGGUAUAUCAAUACUAAUAUCAAUAUGGUAAUAUUGAUAUUAUUUGAAAAUAUAGUAUAAUCAUAAAAUGAAGAAGGAUUGAUGAAUAAAUGGAAAUUAUUUAUAAUAAUAUUACUUAUGAUUUAUUGAGAAAUUUGUAUAACAUUGAGAGCUUCCGACAGACGAACAAACAGACACAUACUCUUCUUAACGAAAAGUUAUCGGGAUGAUGGAAUUCGCGACUAUAUAUUUCGGAAUGAAGGCAUAAAUCGAAACACUGUUUAUGGUAGUGAUGAAUUAUUCAAAAUUGUAACUUGAUAGCAUAUGCACGAUUUGACGGGAUUCGUUGGGCUAUCCACGAGCCUCAAAUGAAGACUGGAGGGAACGGCAGAAAACUCCGACUUGACACCGUGUCAAUUCACCGAGAUAAGAUAAGGUCGGAGAAAAUAUUCACAACGACGGGGUAAUUUCUGAAAUUUGCUCGUGCAACCCAUUAUCCUUCUAUUAUAGUUAUUAUCUUUAUUUUAUUCGAGACUGGAUUAAGCAAAUUAUAUUCAUGUAUCGAGCAACUAUUCGGUGGUAAUUUUGAAGACUUCGUAAUUGCAUUCGUGAAUAUUUAAUACAUUAAUAUUUGAUAAUUAAAAAGAAUAAAAGAAUUUCGUAUUCGUAACGACUCGUACAAAUUCCUAUUCUUCAUCUUGUUCCACAGAAUAUUUAUAUUUCUUUCAUACGCACUUGGUUAUUGGUAUAUUUCUGAUACAGAUAUCAAUACACUAAGAGUACGAUCAAACGCUAGUUUUAAGAUUAGAUCUCGAAGAAAGUGCCAACGACAAUGAAGCAAGUUUUAGUACCUUGUACCAUUGUGACUUAUAUCUUUCUUCUUGUUUAUCCCUCUGAUAAAUCAAAAAAUUUUGUGUAUCAUCGUAUUUGUAUGGUAUAUUCUAAUCCCAUUCGUUACGAAGUAAUCACACAUGGUACGAACUAUAGUUGUCGACAAAAAUAAUAUUUUAGUUAAUUCCAUAUUUAGAGAAUGGCACAAACAUUUCAUUGCCGUGUAUGGUAUUAGGCGGGAAAGAAUUGAUCUACAUGUAGAGAAAAAAUUUGUACAUCGUUUGUACAAUGGUAUGACUCAAUCUUGUCUGCGCUACGUGAAUUUCGCCCUUUGACUAGACGCCUCCACAGCGACCGGCAUCGGGUGAGAAUGUGGACACGCUGGUUUGGUGCAGAAUGGAUCCGUAAUGGAGGAAUGGAAUGGUCUGUAAGCACACUGGUUUUGUAACUUAUACGCAGAAAAUGUACCAUCAUGCAGGAUAAGAUGAGAAGCAGUUAAAAAACACUUGACUGACGUGGAUGAUAACGAAUGGAAAGAAUUAAAUAAAAUAGUAACCUGCACAUAAUGAGGGGAUGAAGAUAAGCGCACUUAUUUCCUAAUGUACAAUUCGGACAGUAUCUAAAUUUUUUUUUCGAUUUAUCUAUCACCGUUACCGUGUUUUCGUAGAAAUUCGUAAGAAAGGAUCGCGCAAUUGAAUCACAGGCGAGUACAAAGUCCAAGGCGAGUACACGAAUCGCAUGGGACUGCAGCUUCUCAUAUACGUCUCUGUCUUUCCAUCAUCUUGAUGAAAUAUGAGCAACUCCUAGUGCAACAGUGUAAGCCAAUGAAUUUUGAGAACUUGUUGUGUAUGUAUUUAGAGUGAUGAAAGAAAGAAACAAGAAUUAAAUAUUGAACGAACGGAAGAAUGCCGGUUUGGUAUCUUUGCAAUUUUUGUUAUAUAGUUCUUUCGUGAAGAUACUAAGCUGCGAAUGAAUGAAUUGAAAAUGGUACGAAUUGUGGCAGAAGUAUCCAUUGCAAAACGAGGAGGAUUUCAAAGUGCCCCAGUUCGAUGGAAAGCAAGAUUUAUAUACAUAUAAGUAAAAAUUAGUGAAAUUCUCAACGAAUGCGAAUACGUUGUGCAUGCAAUUGUAAAUUUCCUCUUUCCGACAAUUAGAAUAUAAAACUUGUAUUUGAAACCCUUUCCACUCGGUUCUUUAUAUUUUCAGUUUACGGAUUUGUUAUUUGUUUUUUUUUUUAGAAAUAUAGAACUUCAACGUACAAUUUUCUAUUUUCCACAUCUUUGCCUACCAAGAAUUAUAUCAUUAAUAUUGGUAAAUAAAUAAUCAUUUAUUUUUGUCAAAGAGAUACUGUGCAAACAUGCAAUUCUUUACGCGUAAAUUUGAAUUUUGAUUAUUCUUAUUCGUGCGCAAAAAUGUAAGAUUGAGGGAGUCGAUUGCAGAUAUUUCGAGAACAAAGGUUGAACAGAAUCAUUAAUUUUUACGAACAAAACGUUUUUUCGAUUAUAUUAACGUAUUAUACACAUAAAUCUACAAAUGCCAACAACAAUCAAUCGACCAAAUUACUAUUCUAAAGACCAAAGAAGUCAAAAAAUUAGAAAGAUUAAAGUGAUGAAUUUCCUUAUUGAAACAAUCAUAUAUUCUAUACAGAAACAACGAUACUGCCUGCUACAUAUUGUGAUAGGCAUUCUCGAACGAUCUAGAUCGUCGAAACUGUCCACAUCGUAGACAUAAAUCGAAUUAUCGUGAAUUUUCUACCACGUGCAGAUUCGUAAACCAUAUCUCGUUCAAUUUCUCCUCAAAUUCAAUCUUUAAUUUUUUUUUUUAAGUACAAAGCUUUCAAAAAUAAAUUGGUUAUCGUCGUGAUAGUUAGCAGCAGGAUUUGAAAAAUGCAAAAAAAAGAAGGGUCAGGGAAAAGAGCAACACGUUAGAGUAAUAGAGUACUCGUAACUAAGCGAAUAGAGAUGGUCCUCCAUUUCCGUAGGACGAAGAACGGCGUUGCGUUGCCGUCGCGUCGAGCUUUCGUUGGCAGCUUGUACGUUGUCUUAACCCCUUGGUCUACACGCUAUCUGCCGAUCGCGCGAGCUAUAGUAAGCAAGAUAUUCGGUCGCGCACCUUGCCAUUCAUCUCUUCAGCCGUGUGCCCGAACUGGCGGAAAAUGUAUAUUUCUUAUGACACGUAUAUAGGAGUUGCAAAAGGAAUUGUGAAAUAAUAAACAACGUUUGAGGAAAAAUAAUGUUUUUAAGACGUCCAGGACGUAAUUAUGAUCAAUUGAUCAGUUAACAAAAAUAAUUUAUUAUUUCAGAGUGGAUAAUAAAUCACUAGCAAUUUGAAAAAUUACCAUGAGUCAGACUCCUGGGUUCCGUUUACGCCACUGAUUCUUUACGACGAUCCUGACCGGUGGUUUUCGUUUAUGGCAUAAAUCCCUUAGCACUAGUCUCGCACGUGAUUAUAGGCCAGGAGAUUAAGUGGUAGCUAACAUCUUUGUCUCGAGCCUUUUCUACUGAAUGGCACGGUACUGGACCGUUUUAUUAAGUUUUAAUUUUACCGCAUAUUCGUGUUUGGUAUCUCUUUUUUUUCUUUCUUUUUCUAAAUAUAUUUCACUGAUUAAAAUAUAUAACUUAUCCCACAAUUCUAAAAUUUUCUGUAAAAGAAUUUUUAUUUUACAUGUAUAAGGAUAAGGGUGGUAAAAAAGAAAUACGAAAAUGUUUUAUUAAUACGUUUUAUUAGUAGUAAGAUGGAUAAAAUUGUGGAAAUACCCAAGGGGGCGAGUUUCGGAAACGAAAAAAAGAAUGGAUGUGUAAUAGCGCGAAUGUGGCUGGUACACGACUAUUUCGGAAAAGUGAGAUACAUGAGUUAUGUUUUCGCCACGUCAUUGCUGUUUACUCUCUCAUACAGAUGCACAUACACCCAUAUACCAUGUUCACACCAUGCGGCGUUUCGUCUCAAGAAAAUCUCGCCGUUACAUUCUUACAGUGUGCUAGCAUCUAAUUAUGAAGAAUUUUAUUUAAUGACAGCGAUCGUAUGGAAUAAAAGUGGAAUAUUUAAAAAUGCAGUAAAUUACUUUCGUCCUUUCAUCAAUUUAUUCGCCAUCAUAUAUUAUAUACAUGAACAAAAAUUCUAACAAUAUCACAUUCCGAUGUUGGAUUGCAGAUAGCUGUGUAUUGCACGUCAAGAGAAAUAUAUAAAUGAAAAAGUUUACAUAUUAUGUUAUGAGAUACAAAACAUACAAAAACAUACAGAAUAGUUCAGCAUUUAUCACAAUUCGUUAUUCAAUGAUAUUGCGUUCUAACUAUUUUGCACGUUAAUUGUGUCUUAUAAAAUGACACAAACGUUCAUCAAGAUCUAAUUGGGACUAUUUACAUUAGGAGUCGCAAAUCACGCUGAUAAAUCGCUCGAGUAUUAUUAAACAACGUGUUUUUGGAUCUUCGUUGUCUUUUCCAUUGCGGUAUAAUGGGUGCUGGGACGCACUUGAUCUCCUCGAUUUCGUCCGGAAAAUUUUCUUCGAAGUUAACGGUUUUGUGUGGACUUGACCAUUUCCUUUUACAUCUUUGUCGUGGACAUUUCAUAGAGUUAUCCGUAAUUUGCUCGUUUUUCAUCGGAGAAUUUCCCGAGGUAGCAGUUUCGGGUAAUACAUUUUCUAUUUUUUGGACGUAUUCUGUCGAAGAAUCUGUGGACUCUGCUAUACUCGAUGUUUCACCGUUCUUCUCCGAUGGACUUGUCGAUCUAGACGACUUACUGUCCUCAUCUCCCUCGCUAUUCUGGAGAGCGAGUUUCGCGGCAGCAGUCGCGCUGCGCGUCAUAAUUCUGGUACUUGAAAGAUUUGACGAAAGUUCGUUCUUCGGCAGAUUACUAACACGUUCGUUAUUCCAACGUUUCUCCUGUUCUUCCUUCAUCUUAAGUUUUUCGGCUUUAAUUUCCAUACGGGACUUUCUCCAAUCAGCUGCCAUACUACUUCGUUUCCAUACGUAGUAAAAGUCCGCGAAUUCUUCCUGCGAACACAAAGUUGGAGAUGUUUUCGUUUAUUUUUUGAAAUUAACUCUCGGAGACGAAAUGAAAUGGAUUUUACAGAAAUGGUAUGUUCUUAGCAAGAUCGCUCGAUGUGUACAGUACGAAAAUAGGAAAAAUACAAUACGGAAAGCAAUCGUAGUAGGAAAAUAAACUUACCACUCGUUUAUGCGGAAGCAACUUCCUUCUAAUGAUUGAAAAUCUUUUUCCAUAUUUCAUGAUUCCUCUCGUGAAGAGUUUCUGUAACAUCAUAACGCAUCAACAAAAGGAUUAGUAUGUUUAAUUCUUCCUCAAAAGAAACUACGACGGCGCAAAAAAGUUUUUUAUCUUCCAAGAGCGAAUUUAUUCUAAAAGAAUUUGCACUAUUAAAUAUAAGCACAAGUAUAGUAACAAAUAAAAGAAGGCAGCGCUACCAGUUAUACGAUAUCAAUUAAAAUUCUUUAAAGAAUCUACUUUAAAAUAUAAAACGUUGUACGCUAGUGUAAAAAUUGGAAAUUUUUAUUGUAUUGUCAUAAUCAAUUAUUCGAUACUCGAUAUAAAAUCAACUGUAUGAUACUUACCAUCUCCUCUGGCUUCCAUUUGUCAAUAAAUUUCUGCGGUACAUUUGUCGUAGCUAUCGUCAUCAGCGCAUUGUGCACUACAUAGUUGGACUCGUGAAGAACAUGCGAGACGUGUUGUUCCGCAAAACCACCACACGAAUUUUCCAAUGCAUCUGCAUUUGGAAUGCCCUCAAAUUGCUGCCUGAGUGUUAAAACACUUCGGGCUACCAGACUAUAGCCGUAGUACCAUUCCUCCACAUUUACUUUUGGAUCCCAAAUCUUCUCCUCCCGAGAAGAAGUAUAUUCUUUAUCUGCGUAUGAUCGAUCCUGACAUUCGGGGAUGACAGCAUAUUCCUGAAAUUUUAACAAUUACAUUUUUAAUUCAUGUCAAUGUAUUCCAAAAUAUCUAUUUUGUGAAGGAAAAGUAACGAAGAAUUAAUGUUAAUGGUCGAAUGAAUUUCACAUUAAUCAAAAUCGUUAAGAGAAAAAGGGGUAUAUACCAUCCUCCGUUCUGUCGUCUUCUUCUUCUGCUUGGAGCACACUUUCCUCUUCCUACGUCCAGCAGAUUUUCUCGCCAUUUUGCUAUCGAAUCUUCGCGUUACGAUUUUAUGUCUGUCCGCUGAGAGCAACGUUAUUGCUAUAAGAGUAAGUGCAAGACUAAUUCUUAGUCAGCAUUCUUAUGCCGGUACAUGUACCUGGGACUAUUACCCCUUGGGAAGAGGGAUAUCUACUAGUCUCCCCACUCCUACCUGUUUGGAUACUUUCGGCUGCUUGGGACUGGACAAUAAAGUUUUCUUGAGAUAUUUCUUCUAUUCCUAGAAUUGCUUCACAUUUUGACCAAUCAAAGACAUGAAAUAUCGAAUCGCACCGUCUCUUCACCUACGAUGCAUCUUUGAACGUGCAUGUUAUUCGUGAUACGAAAUUUCCCAAUUCGCACAAGUAAUUGAGCAUACCAGAGAGAAAUCAGUUACGACGAAUUAUAAGGUAUAUCAAUACUAAUAUCAAUAUGGUAAUAUUGAUAUUAUUUGAAAAUGUAGUAUAAUCAUAAAAUGAAGAAGGAUUGAUGAAUAAAUGGAAAUUAUUUAUAAUAAUAUUACUUAUGAUUUAUUGAGAAAUUUGUAUAACAUUGAGAGCUUCCGACAGACGAACAAACAGACACAUACUCUUCUUAACGAAAAGUUAUCGGGAUGAUGGAAUUCGCGACUAUAUAUUUCGGAAUGAAGGCAUAAAUCGAAACACUGUUUAUGGUAGUGAUGAAUUAUUCAAAAUUGUAACUUGAUAGCAUAUGCACGAUUUGACGGGAUUCGUUGGGCUAUCCACGAGCCUCAAAUGAAGACUGGAGGGAACGGCAGAAAACUCCGACUUGACACCGUGUCAAUUCACCGAGAUAAGAUAAGGUCGGAGAAAAUAUUCACAACGACGGGGUAAUUUCUGAAAUUUGCUCGUGCAACCCAUUAUCCUUCUAUUAUAGUUAUUAUCUUUAUUUUAUUCGAGACUGGAUUAAGCAAAUUAUAUUCAUGUAUCGAGCAACUAUUCGGUGGUAAUUUUGAAGACUUCGUAAUUGCAUUCGUGAAUAUUUAAUACAUUAAUAUUUGAUAAUUAAAAAGAAUAAAAGAAUUUCGUAUUCGUAAUGACUCGUACAAAUUCCUAUUCUUCAUCUUGUUCCACAGAAUAUUUAUAUUUCUUUCAUACGCACUUGGUUAUUGGUAUAUUUCUGAUACAGAUAUCAAUACACUAAGAGUACGAUCAAACGCUAGUUUUAAGAUUAGAUCUCGAAGAAAGUUCCAACGACAAUGAAGCAAGUUUUAGUACCUUGUACCAUUGUGACUUAUAUCUUUCUUCUUGUUUAUCCCUCUGAUAAAUCAAAAAAUUUUGUGUAUCAUCGUAUUUGUAUGGUAUAUUCUAAUCCCAUUCGUUACGAAGUAAUCACACAUGGUACGAACUAUAGUUGUCGACAAAAAUAAUAUUUUAGUUAAUUCCAUAUUUAGAGAAUGGCACAAACAUUUCAUUGCCGUGUAUGGUAUUAGGCGGGAAAGAAUUGAUCUACAUGUAGAGAAAAAAUUUGUACAUCGUUUGUACAAUGGUAUGACUCAAUCUUGUCUGCGCUACGUGAAUUUCGCCCUUUGACUAGACGCCUCCACAGCGACCGGCAUCGGGGAAGAAUAUGGACAGGCUGGUUUGGUGCAGAAUGGGUGAUACUUGCACUGCUGGGCAGGAUGAGAGAACACGCAUCCUAGUUUUGUGCAGGACAAGCCGAAUUUACAUUUAGGAUGUCUGUAAGCACACUUGUCUACAAACUUACACGCAGAAAAUGUACCAUCAUGCAGGAUAAGAUGAAAAGCAGUUAAAAUCACUUGACUGACGUGAAUGAUAACAACUGGAAAGAAUUAAAUAAAAUAGUAACCUGCACAUAAUGAGGGGAUGUAGAUACGCGCACUUAUUUCCUAAUGUACAAUUCGGUCAGUAUCUAAAUUUUUUUUUCGAUUUAUCUAUCACCGUUACCGUGUUUUCGUACAAAUUCGUAAUUAAGGAUCGCGCAAUUGAAUCACGGAAAAGUCCAAGGCGAGUACACGAAUCGCAUGGGAUUGCAGCUUAUCAUAUACGUCUCUGUCUUUCCAGCAUCUUGAUGAAAUAUGAGCAACUCCUAGUGCAACAGUAUAUGCCAAUGAAUUUUGAGAACUUAUUGUAUAUGCAUUUAGAGUGGUGAAAGAACGAGGCAAGAAUUAAAUAUUGCUGAACGGAAGAAUGCCGGCUUGGUAUCUUUGCAAUUUUUGUUAUACAGUUCUUUCGUGAAGAUCCUAAAUUGUGAAUGAAUAAAAUGGAAAUGAUAGGAAUUGUGGCAGAAGAAUCCAUUGUAAAACGAGGAGGAUUUCAAAGUGCCCCAGUUCGAUGGAAAGCAAGAUUUAUAUAUAAGUAGAAAUAUAAGUAGAAAUCAGUGAAAUUCGCAACGAUUGCGAAUACGUUGUGCAUGCAAUUCCGACAAUUAGAAUAUAAAACUUGUAUUUGGAACCCUUUCCACUCGAUUCUUUAUAUUUUCAGUUUACGGAUUUGUUAUUUAAUUUUUUUAGAAAUAUACAACUUCAACAUACAAUUUUCUACUUUCCACAUCUUUGCCUACCAAGAAUUAUGUCAUUAAUAUUGGUAAAUAAAUAAUCAUUUAUUUUUGACAAAGAGAUACUGUGCAAACAUGCAAUUCUUUACGCGUAAAUUUGAAUUUUGAUUAUUCUUAUUCGUGCGCAAAAAUCUAAGAUUGCGGGAGUCGAUUACAGAUAUUUCGAGAACAAAGGUUGAACAGAAUCAUUAAUUUUUACGAACAAAACGUUUUUUCGAUUAUAUUAACGUAUUAUACACAUAAAUCUACAAAUGCCAACAACAAUCAAUCGACCAAAUUACUAUUCUAAAGACCAAAGAAGUCAAAAAAUUAGAAAGAUUAAAGUGAUGAAUUUCCUUAUUGAAACAAUCAUAUAUUCUAUACAGAAACAACGAUACUGCCUGCUACAUAUUGUGAUAGGCAUUCUGGAACGAUCUGGAUCGUCGGAACUGUCCACAUCGUAGACAUAAAUCGAAUUAUCGUGAAUUUUCUACCACGUGCAGAUUCGUAAACCAUGUCUCGUUCAAUUUCUCCUCAAAUUCAAUCUUUAAUUUUUUUUUUUUUU